AUGGACCAGAAUGGACGCCCGGCCGUCCAGGUGGUUAUCAACGGCUAUGACCAGACGCAGGCCUACAGAUCCAACAUGCACCUCCAGAAUCAGCCGCGGCCACUGUCCGUAGACGAGGCAUUAAAGUACUCGUCCAUGUCCAGCGCGCCUGUAUUUGGUCUCGACUGUAUCAUUCACCCUGACGUUGGGCGACCCUCAAAUACCACCUCGAUCAACCACGUACUACAAGAAGGCCGUAAGACGUUGGGCGGAUUGGAUGCGGAGAUACAGUCCGGACAGGAUGAAUCCAGUCGUUUAGAGACGUCCCGGGAAUACCUACAACAGUUGCUGGAUGGAAAUGAAUUGACAGAAUUCAAGUUCAAGCUCCCCCGUGCCCCCGCUCGCAGUCAACAGUUACGACCAAACGCACCCGAUGGAGCUCUUUCUGGUCGCAGCAGUCUAGGCUCUUUUGCCCGGAUGAUGCUCGAUUCUACCGACAUUGCAUUUAGAUAUCCCGAAGCAUCACCAACGACCAAUCUCGAGAAUAAAGACUCCACUCCGAAGACAGCUGCUUCCUUGAACCAGCGUGCUCAUCUUACGAACAAAUCGGUCUCAGCCUCCUCUGAGCCAACACGUGCUCCAUCUUCAAGCCAAGUAUCCGUGGUUAUCCCAGCCAAACCCUUACCCCCUUAUAAUGGUCAGAUGAGUGCGAAAAAGUCCAAAUCGAAGACAGAAGGUGAAGACGCAACGGCGGCGGUGCGAAUGAAAGACCAAAAAGCGGAGGCAGAUGCAGCUCUGCUAAACCUGCAAGACUUCCUCCACGAAGUUUUCGAAGCAGAAGACCAAAUGGAAUCUAAUACUUCAACCCACACGAAUAUCGACGAUCCAAAUCCCUUAUUCGUGCAAACAAGAUCAUUGGAGGUGCAAGGAGAGGUGCUGUCUUCAGAUGCCCACAGUCGCCUCCAGAAAGUCAUUCGAAAAGUCGCGGGAUUCGACCGACUCCAGGACAUACCAUCUGAUUAUCUCAAUCGAAUCCAAAAAUUGUGCGAAAAGCCCAUCAUUGCUGCACAAAAACCUGAUUUGAGCUUGAAUGAUACGUCAAGUGAGAUUGAAUCUCAGGAAUGGCUGGGGAAGGUCGAAGACGUAUUCAAUGCACUUCUUGCAAUCGGCACGUUGUUGCAGACGAUGUCUGGACGCCAGACGGAGCGCGACCUCUGCCCUGAAGAUCUCAUCGAGGCCAUUCCGAACGUUCUCAAUCAAGUCUUUGACCACUGCAUCAUUCCUGCAGUGGAAUCACGUCCUGGUGGCAAAGAUGGCCAACACUUCCACUUCUUCUCAACCCAAAAGCGGAUCAUAGGAAGCCUUGUUUAUCAGAGCAAGAAGGUCUUAACCCUCUUUGCAGACUUUCUGUCUCGAAUUGAUGUCUCCGAAGGCACGAUCACGGCCGCUGAGUUCUUCGCCUCCAAAUUAAUCUUCGUGGAAAACGCCCACAAUGACAAGGACUCUGCUUUGGGCCAUCAAAAAUACGAACCCGCAAGACGCGGUGCGAUGGAGGUGCUUGCGAAGGUGUUUUCCAAAUAUCCCGAACAACGACCCUUCAUUCUGGAUGAGAUCCUGGUCUCAUUGGAGAAACUUCCGACCACACGCCAAAACGCAAGGCAAUUUAAGGUUGCAGACGGAAAGAACAUUCAACUUCUUACCGCACUUGUUUUGCAGCUUGUUCAGACAACGGCGUUGGAAACGCCCUCGCGACCAAAGACCAAACGCCAGGUCAAGACUCAAACUGACGAUGACCAUGACGAGCUCAUGGGCGAUGGUGAAGAUAACACGAAAAAUGAGUCAGAUGACGACGAGUCGGACGAGUCGUUGGAACGCCUCGCAACCAAAGCCAACAGACUUUAUGACAACGCCAUGCGCUCUGCACAAUACAUCGUGAAGUUCAUCGUUCAGCGAGCUAUGAACUCAACGAAGACCGGUGAUCAACCAUACAGGAACAUUCUCGAUCUUUUCACUCAGGACCUGAUCAACGUACUUGGAUCUGCUGACUGGCCGGCUGCAGAAUUACUUCUCCGGAUCUUGGCAUCUCACAUGGUUGGCCUCGCUGAUCAAGACAAGAGUCCAGCGACUGCCAAGAGCAUGGCACUUGAGCUCCUGGGCUGGAUGGGAUCUGCCAUUUCAGACCUGAUAGCAACCGCUCAGCACAUGCUCCCAGCGCUGGAAGAUUCCGAUUCAGAACUCACCGACUAUCUCAAACAACAAUUUGAGGAAUUCAAUUCCCGAGCAUUGCACCCGCAAGAUCUCAUUGUGCCGACUGGUCCAUAUAGAAUGGCACUCGAACACCUUUUGCAGGACAAAAAUUCCGAUAACUGGCAACUGAUUAGCGCACGAGGCUACUACUUGGCUCAAUGGGCCAAAACUGUUUGCACUCUUUACUACAACUCCGAGGACCAGGAGGAAAUGGCACAUGAUGAUGUGACCUAUGACUUGAUUGUUCUUUUGACGAGAUCCUUUUCAGACCCUCGCUGGCUGGAGACCCAUAAGGAAUUUGAUAACAUUACCAAUGCCCAUGGGAAAUUCGCCUACAUUCUGACAGUCUUGAACUCAGGCUUUGGAAAAGCCUUUGACACUAUUCUCAAAGUUCUCUUGAACUCUUUCACCGGUGAUUCGGCCAAGGUGCGCAGCCGCAGUCUGAAAAGUGUUAUCUACAUGCUCGAGAAAGACCCGAACCUUCUUGAUCGAGAUGCUUCUGUCCUGCGCGUGAUUUUGCGAUGUACCACAGAUGCCUCGCCCAUGGUCCGAGACUCUGCCCUUCAAUUGAUCGGGCAAUGUAUUGCCUUGAAGCCCAAGCUCGAAGAAGAAGGUUGUCGAAGCAUUCUCGCCUGUGCAGCGGAUACUACGGCUGGUGUCCGGAAACGCUGCAUUGGGCUGUUGAAAGACCUAUACCACAAAACAUCUCGGCGGGAAUUGAAACUAGUCAUCCUCGACAGCUUUCUUCAACGUACAGGUGACACUGAAGAGAGCGUGGCAUCGUUGGCCCGACAAACCUUCGAGGAAAUAUGGCUUGUUCCAUUCCACGACUCCAUUGAUUCAUCUGAUGGCCCGAAACUCAAGAUUGCUCUUGGCGAACAAGUGGCCCUCAUUGUCGGCCUAGCCGAACGCAGUGACACUGCACUUGAUUCUCUUAGCAUCUGCUUACAAGCUGUGCUUUCAGAUAAAUCCAAGUCCACUGCAUUGAACUUCAAAGUUUGCAAGGCUAUGGUUGCUACCAUGUUCCAGAAACUUGUAGAAGAAUCAGAUUCCAGCAAAGAGUCCCAACAAGCUCUUUUACAGACAAUCACUGUUUUCGCCAAGGCAAACGCAAAGCUAUUCAGCCCAGAUCAGUUGGAAGCUCUCCACCCCUAUAUCGGAAAUCUUUCUACCACAGAUGAUCUUUUCAUAUUCCGAUCAGUUGUGGUUAUUUAUCGUUGCAUUCUUCCGUAUUUAUCCUCGUCACACAACACUCUCCUGAAGGAAGUACAAAAUGAUCUCUUCAAAAUCAUCGCCAAGCUUCCUCGUGGUGAGCUCAAUGAAGUCAUGGGCUGUUUGUGGACCAUCAACGGUGUUCUACUAAACACCAUUCGACUGGUAAAGUUGACACUCUCAUUGCUGAGACCUCUGAAGCGGUACAAGGAUAUGGAUCUUUCCUCGAGUGGGUAUGCUGCGGAUCUGAACCGUGCCACUAGUUAUAUCCGCAUUGCAGGCUGUGUUGGGGGCCAUUGCGACCUUGACAAGUUUGCAUCGCAUUUCAAGAACGACUUUCCGACAUGGUCUGGUAAAUCGGUGGCAGGGUUGAUGGUUGAUCUCAUCAUCCCUUUUUCUACAAAAGCUCAGCCCUUGGAACUUAGAGUUAACGCUCUCGAAAGCCUAGGAUCUAUCUGCCAAUCAUGGCCUGGCCAAUUUGGCCGAGAGUGUACCCGGCAGACCUUUGCUCAAACUUUCAAGGAAGAUGCUCCAAAUUUGCAAAACCUUGUGCUCAAAUCAUUUGCAGCUUUCUUUGCUAUCCACGAAGGCAAGUCUGAAAAAGCUGUCAUUCCAACCGCAGACACCGCUGGCCAGGAAGAUACAACUCGAUUGGGCGGUUCUCUGAGAGCCAGUGACAAUGACGGUGCCGCUGCUUUGAUUGCCCAGCACUUCCUCUCCAACAUGAUACAGGUGGCACAAUCGCGCCAGGAUACUUACUCUUUGACUGCCAUUCAACUUAUUGCAAGCAUCAAUCGACAAGGGUUGGUGCAUCCGAAGCAGUGCGCGGGUGUUCUUGUUUCCCUGGAGACGUCGACGGUGUCUGAUAUCGCGAAAGUUGCGUUUGAUACUCACAAGGCGCAGCACCAGCAGUAUGAAACCAUGUUUGAGCGGGAAUACAUGCGAGCUGUGCAAGAGGCAUUCUAUUACCAGCGUGAUAUUGUUGGCGAUUCGAAUGGGGCUCGGCACCGACCUUACAUUUCGAAGCUUGCACCGUUAUUCGAGAUUGUCAAAAUCAGCAACAGUCGGUACCAAAAGAAAUUCCUCUCAAACCUUUGCGCCAAGGUCAACUUCGAACUGAAGAAGCUUGAUGUGACUGGAAACCCCCCGCAGCACCUCUUGCUGUCACGUUUCAUAUCACAGAACCUGGCAUUUUUCGAAUACGGCCAAUUGGCUGAACUUGUGCCAACCAUUUCGUGCAUUGAACGCAUCGUUUCCUCAACGGGCACCAUCGUUGCACACGCUAUCGAGACCGAGAUCUCUCCUGCCCCGAUUGGCGCGCCCCAGUUAGAUAGCUCAAACGGAAUGAUGCCAGGAUUUGCGCCUGAGAUGCAGCCGUCGACAUUCAUGCCGCGACCAACCAAUCCUGCAACCUUGAGAUUACUGGCGACUGCAGCCGCGUCAUUGUCAAUGCUUUGGGAAGCUCGAACAUACCUUCGCCGUGUUUACGGACUGAAUGCCCAUAGCAAGACUAACGGCAAACCUGCCGCAAAGGAUCUCAACAAAACCGCAACCAAGGUGCAUGGAGUGACCGGCGAUAAGGUCUGGGAAGCUAUCGCCAGGAAUAUGACCGCUCUAGACAGCGAAGAAUCGAUGCACCACAAGUGCCGCGAGUUUGCAACCUUGCUCUCCAUCGACGAUGAGUUCAGGGUGGAUGCAGACGAGGACGCAGAAGGGGAUAGUCUCGACGCCAUUGGAGAAGACGACACGGGAACUGCCCUGACCGGCUCUCGGCCCAUGAAGCGCAAGAACUCCGUCUCUAGCUCGAAUCUCAACAAGCGGCCCAAGAGCCGCAAGGGUUCCACCGGAAGAAAGAAAUCUAGUGAGCCGGACGACGAACUUGCUUGGGAUUAA